AAUAUUGUACUACUGUGCCUUUAAUAAAAUCUGUGCACUAUUAUCUCUCUCCUUGAUUCGAUUCUACGCCGGUAUUUCAACUCAAGCCAACAAUUUUCCAGGUACUGUUUCUAAGCCGGUGAAACAUCAGUCAUACACUCUGCGCACUCAGGUCACUGGGAUAUCAUUUGGCACCGUCUAAAGAGCGGUGAAUACCGUAUACCGUUAUAUCGCAGUUUGAAUCUUCUUGUUGUGCAUGAUACGGCGUGACAAGACUCAAUUUAAUCUACUACUUGUGUAUAUUCCGGUAAUUGGCAGCUUAUAUACUUCUGAGAUAUGCGUAAUUUGGUGAUCCGUGUGCUUUUCGGAGCGCUAUUCUGUGCUCCCCGCCAAUGCAUGGGGUGCCCGUCCGGCUGCGAAUGCUAUGCUACUACGCGAACUGUAAAGUGCGUUUCCAGGGACCUGCGCGCCAUUCCACAGGGUAUUCCAGGAUACGCAAGGAAUGUAAUUAUUACAGGAAACGACAUAUUUAGAAUUGGACCGGAGACAUUUAACGAACUGGAAAAUGUCACAAACAUGAUAUUAAGCAACAAUAGGAUCACAGAGGUGGCUUCACACAGCUUCUCUGCCCUAUCUAAUCUGCGCUCCCUGGACCUGAGCGGCAAUCUUCUGGCUUUCAUCCACCCUGAAGCCUUGACCAUCCCAGAAAGUCCUUUACAGGAGCUCAACCUCAGCUGUUCCCUCUAUAACUACACCUCCCUGGUGGACAUCACAACCGCAUUGCGCUGGGGGGGCCUCGGAGGGCUUCUCCGUCUGGAUCUUUCUGGAAACCACCUGGUCCUACUACCGCCGGGAGUUUUUUCCCACCUCGCCAACCUGCAGCACCUCAUCCUGGGUAACAACUCGCUUUCAUCGGUCUACAAAGGCACCUUCUCCGGUUUGCGCCGCCUUGAGCUGCUCGACCUGACCCACAACUCUUUCGGGGCGUUCCGAGGCGAUGCUCUUGGCGAACUGGAGAGGCUGGGGCCUGCCGCCCGCAUCCUGCUGAGCCACAACCCCUACGUCUGCACAUGUGAGAUCCGAGACUUCGCUGUGUGGCUUAGGAGCUCCCAGGCUCAGGUGGGGGAUGCAGAAGCACUGACCUGCGCGUCACCCCGGGAGUUUCGGGAUGUGCCGCUGCAGGGGUUCGGGGUCCAAGUCGCUGGAUGCCAAGUCACGUCACCACCUCUGCUCAGAAUAGGCGAGGACGUGGGCGACCUCUCCCUUCAGACCUCAUACGUUCUUUUGGGUCUUGUGCUGGGCUUUGUGGGUAUGAUCUUCCUCUUCGUGCUUUACCUCAACCGGCAAGGUAUUAAGAAAUGGGUGACGGAGACUAGAGACGCCUGCCACGACGUUUUGGAGGGAUAUCACUACCGCUAUGAGAUCGACACGGACCCACGUCGGGAACAACUCUCAAAAGGUCGGGUCGUAGCGAAGUCCCCGGCAAAUGGCCAUUUUGGACAGACUCCUUCAAAUAACCGCUUAUCAAAGCUACCAACUGACACCUGUUUGUUUCAGAUCCCAUCUGACACGCAGCUCGAAACAGUCUCCACUUCUGUGGAUUUGUGAUUUCUAAUUUUCAUGAGUGAAACUGGACUGGAGUUAACUGACAUUCCUGAGGCACUUCAUUUCCGUAGAGUAUGUUCUAUCGUUUUAUGCUUGCCUGGCAUGCAUAAAUGAUGCAACUAUACUAUUUAAUGAAGAAACUAUUUCAACGUGGAACGCCUGUCUCUCCACCCGUAUGUGGCCUACACGCUUAAUUGAGUUGACACAGGCCACCCAAUUAUGAGCUUUUUCACUGAGUUGUAUUUUUGACCAAUCAAAUCCGAUCUGAAAAAUAUUUAGUGUGAAAAAGGUUUGAUUUAAUUCGUCGAAACAUUUGCUGCUCUAAAUUGGGCGGCCUGUGUAAUCACAGCCCAUCUGUGGCCAAUUUUCUUACUAAGUGAACAUGCUAAGUGCCUUAGAUGUAAAUUUAAAGGUACAAAAUAAUCUCCCCAGACCUCAGGUAUAAAGUUAACCAAGGCUGUUUGGAGCACAUGCUAAUAAUAAAACAGAACUGAAAAAUGUGACAUAUUGUUCAAAACUGCAGGUGCAAGUAACUUGAGGCUACAUCAAGGUAUAUUUGGGAUUACAUAGUUCAGAAGCUUUUGUAAGCUCAAGGCUACUCUGAUUCUGUGGAAAUUGGUGUGCUUUGUGUACAACCUUUGAAAACAUGCUGCUAAACAAAGCAGUGUUCUUUGUUCUAAAGCAUUGUUCUGGUUUAUGGAGAGAAUUCUGCAUGUUGGAAAAAGCUCUUUUACUCCAGUAGAUAUAGAAAAACCUAGAUACAUAAUGUAUAUAGAGAAUACUUUUUCUAAUAAAUAUAUGAAAUUAAUUCUGAAACAAAGUCAAGCACAUGGAUAAAAGCAAGUUGCUGCUAUCUGUCUUUUGUGUAAUGUCAUUUCCUUUGUCGGUCUUGCUAUGUUUAGAUGGAACUAAAACAACAGCGCCUGAAGGGUCUUGAAUGCAAAACCAACCCUGAAUUUCUACUCAUUUGUGAAGAUUGAAUGAUUUCCCACUACAUCAUAUUUAACUGAAUUUGUAACCUUAUGUGACAGGAUAAACAAAAUGAAGAAGGUCCGUCCUGGUAUUUUCUGAGUGAAAUAAGAAAUGAAUUGGAAUUGAAGUUGAAUGAAUGCUGUAAUCUCUGUAGAAUGUUAAAAUUACACAGUUGUAAAUCCCUUCUGAUGCACAAUAAUAA